AACCCGAAUCUCGAUCAUCGAAGCACCAAUUCGAGCUUCAAAAAGUUCGGUCAGGUUCUUGGCUGAGCCUUCUGUACAUUACCACUUGCUCGCUAUGGACGACCGAGCACAUAAGGCUCACCGCCCUUCACAAUCUGGUGCAAAGGCGGAAAAGAAGAAGGGCAAAGGGAAGGAGAAACAAAAGGGUUUUAACGAAAAGAUCGUGUCUUCCGUAGGCUUUCGCUCCAAAGUCUGGUAUACGAGCAGACAGACAAGGUCGACGAAAUGUAGAACGGGAUCAGACUCGUUUACACGUCCCUCUCGUUAACCGUACUCCAGAUGACCAACCUCCACCCGUCAUUGUCGCUGUUGUCGGUCCUCCUGGAGUUGGAAAGACCACUUUGCUUAAAAGUCUCGUAAGGAGGUAUACGAAGCAAACUCUGAAUCAGGUUCAGGGACCUGUCACUGUUGUCAGCGGGAAGAAGAAACGGAUAACGUUCAUUGAGUGCAAUAAUGACUUGAACUCGAUGAUUGACAUUGCGAAGAUUGCGGAUUUGGUGUUGUUAAUGGUCGAUGGGUCAUAUGGCUUCGAGAUGGAAACUUUCGAGUUCCUCAACAUCCUCCAAUCACAUGGAUUCCCAAAAGUCAUUGGUGUGUUAUCGCACCUGGACCUUGUCAAAAAAGCUGCGACGCUACGUGACACAAAGAAAGCUCUCAAAAAGCGUUUCUGGACGGAAAUAUACCAAGGCGCAAAGCUUUUCUACCUUUCCGGUGUUCUCAAUGGUCGAUACCCUGAUACAGAAAUCCUCAACCUGUCUCGUUUCAUUUCAGUCAUGAAGUUCCGCCCACUCGUGUUCCGAAACUCUCACCCUUACCUGCUCGCCGACCGUCUGGAAGACCUUACGCCUCGAGAACAAAUUCGUGAGUCGAAAGGCAAAUGCGACCGUACCGUGACGCUGUAUGGCUACCUCCGAGGUACAAAUCUCCGUCUAGGGACGAAAGUCCAUGUGCCUGGUGUGGGCGAUCUUGAUGCCAAAAGUGUCACAAAACUUGGAGAUCCUUGUCCGCUACCUGACGCUGAGUCGGAAAAGCGGAGAAAGUUGAGUGAGAAGAAGAAGCUCUUGAUCCAUGCGCCCAUGAGCGACGUCGGUGGUGUCAUCUACGACAAGGACGCUGUAUACAUCAAUGUUCCUGGAAGCUUUACUCGAGGGAACACAGAUAUCCCACAGGGUGAGGGCGAGAGAAUGGUUAUGGAUCUACAGGAUGUCGGUGCAACCUUAGAAGAUGCUGUCGCUCGGAGUCAGAUCAAGCUCUUCGGCUCAUCGUCUAAACCACUCGCGGUUGACCCAGGUCCAAGUCGUCAACAUUACAGCGAUGAUGAAGAAUCUGGUUCAGAUGAGGAAGGGGUUGAACACGAUCUGGAUGAGGGGUCUGAAGACGAGGGCUUCGAUGAAGGUUCCGGCGUGGAGGAGAACUUCGAGUCCCAGAUUGACUCAGAGGAGGAUGAGUUAUCGGAACCAGAGGACAAUGAAGUUGGCGAGGAAGGUGACCGAGGUCGCUCCGCACCACGAGUUGUACGGCGUUCGACGCAUGAUUACAAGUCGAAACUCGAUCGUCAAAGUAAAGACGUCGAAUAUGCCGAAAGUGAUUCCGACCUUGGUGACCAAGACGAGGAAGACGAUCUAGAGGACAGUCGCCGCGUUCACUUUGACGAGGAAGGCGUAGACAUUCAGUCUGACGAAGACGAGGAGGAGAUAUCUGGUGGCGAGGAAGUGCCGCAGUGGAAAGCUAAUCUUGGAGCUAAGGCCUUGGCAGCAUACGAGCAGCAUUCAAGACGGAAGAAGCGGAAAGACUGGAUAUCGCUCAUAUACAACUCCUCGCUAUCGCCAGAACAAAUCCUUGAGAGAGAAGAUAAUCCUAAUGCCUUACAAGAUCGGGAUGAUGAUGAUAUGGCUGACGAGUUCUUCGCAGUCAAGUCUCGUUCUGGCGUGAAUGCUGAGGAUGAGGACAAGGACAUGUCGAAGGAGCCUUUGAACGAGGACGACCUGAAACGGUGGGAAGACGAAGAGCUUCUUGAUUCAAUACGGAAGCUUUUCAUUACUGGAGGUUCGUCUGAGGCACAACCUAACGGCGAUGAUGCGUACGAGGAUCUUGAAGGCGGCGACUUCGAGGACCUCGAGGCCCAAGGAGAUGGCGAGGGUGAAGCUCAAGCCGAGGAUUCUGAGGCUGCUGUUCUUGCUGCCAAGAAGGAAGCCCUCAAGCGUAAGUUCGAUGAGCAGUAUGACGAUCCAGAAAGCUCCAAGAUGGACUUCUAUGAGGAGAAGAAAGACGAAAUGGCUCGACAGCUUGAGGUCAAUCGUGCCGAGUUCGAAGACGUUGACGAAGAGGCUCGUGCACUUGUGGAAGGUUAUCGUCCUGGAACGUAUGUCCGUAUUGAACUUGCCGAUGUUCCUUGCGAGAUGAUCGAGAACUUCGAUCCAACCUACCCGAUCAUCAUUGGCGGUCUCCUCCCCGCUGAAGAACGAUUCGGUUACCUGCAAGUCAGAAUAAAGCGUCAUCGUUGGUACACUAAGACGCUGAAGACCAACGACCCCCUCAUUUUCUCCUUGGGCUGGAGACGAUUCCAGAGUAUCCCUAUCUAUUCCCUCGAUGACCACUCCAUCCGAAUGCGUAUGCUCAAGUACACUCCAGAACAUAUGCACUGCUACGCUACCUUCUAUGGACCCGUGGCGCUACCAAAUACCGGGUUCUGCACGUUCAACUCGCUUUCUGGUAGCACGCCAGGCUUCAGAGUGUCGGCAACAGGCGUUGUCUUGGAUAUCGACAGGUCAACGAAGAUUGUGAAGAAAUUGAAGUUGACUGGCGUGCCGUACAAGAUAUUCAAGAACACCGCGUUCAUCAAGGAUAUGUUCAAUAGUGCUCUUGAGGUAGCCAAAUUCGAGGGUGCCAAUAUCCGGACUGUGUCCGGUAUUCGUGGACAGAUCAAGAAGGCGCUAGCAAAGCCAGAGGGUUCUUUCCGAGCGACCUUCGAGGAUAAGUUGCUCAUGAGCGACAUCGUCUUCCUUCGUGCUUGGUAUUCAAUACAGCCUCGCAAGUUUUACAACCCUGUCACUUCUUUGUUACUGUCCAAUAAGGGCGCAUGGCAAGGCAUGCGACUGACUGGUCAAGUACGACACGAGGAAGGUGUGAAGACGCCUCUGAACGUCAACUCGACAUACAAGAAGGUCGAGCGUUCAGCACGACGAUUCAAUCCUCUAAAAGUACCCAAGAAGUUGCAGUCCAACCUUCCUUAUGCGUCAAAACCUAAGGUCAUCAAGCCUCAGCAACGACAGACUUACAUGCAGAAACGUGCCGUGGUGCUCGAGCCAGAGGAGAAGAAGGCGAUUGCGCUGUUGCAGCAAAUCAGGGCGUUGCGCAAGGAUCAGGUGGUACGGAGGAGAGAGAAGCAGAACGAGCGGAAGGAGGUGCAUCGGAAGAAGGUGGCAAAGGAGGAAGCGAAGAAAAGCGAAAAGGACAAGGAAAAGCGAAAAGAGUACAUGCGCGCUGCUGGCAUGAAGAGCAAGCGAGAGACUGAGAAGGAAGAAGGUAGGAGCAGCAAACGGAGGAGAAAAGAAUGAUUGCUCCCAAUCUCUUUGCUUUCCUUCUGAUCUUUUUUUCUUUGCUACAAUGUGUCUUUUUAUCUCACUCUACACACAUUGUACAUUCAGAGUGAAUAUUAUUCUUGCAUUAGUGUCC